GUAAGUUAAUGGAGUCUUCAAAUGGUUUGCUUCCUUUAUCCUGAGACAUGCCCAUCCCUGGCUUCAGUCCUUUUGAACAUGGAUAUUCUCAUCUUCUUCUCCUUCCUCUUUCCUCUUAUAUAUGCAGCAGAGCCUUGUUCCACAACCAAGUGUGGCAAAAAUGAAAUUCCAAUCCAAUUCCCUUUCCAACUAGAAGGCAAGCUCCCUGAAAACUGUGGAUAUCCUGGUUUCAACCUAGGUUGCAAAAGUCAGAAUACGAUUGUUCUAAAACUUCCUUACUCUGGAGAAUUUUUCGUUCGCGACAUCAAUUAUCUCGACCAACAGAUAUAUCUUUAUGACCCUGAUAAUUGCAUUCCAAAGCGACUUCUUAGCUUCAAUCUUUCAGGUUCUCCCUUUCUUGCUGCUUUUCAUCAGAACUACACUUUCCUAAACUGCCCAACUCAAGUCACAAAGUCUCGGUUCACCACCAUUGAUUGCCUAAGCAAUUCAACAAACUCCGUCCUGGCUACUUCUUCCAUGAGUCUUGCGAAUUCAAUGGCCUCAUCCUGCCAGAUAAUCACUAUAUUCCCAGUUCCUGUUUCAUGGCCAGCUAAGUAUGGAGAAACAUUCUCAGCUGACCUUGAAGAUGACAUUCAGCUAACAUGGUAUACACCUCAAUGUGGAGAUUGUGAAGCAGAAGGCGGCAUCUGUGGGUUCAAGAGCAACAACAGCAAAGAAAUUGACUGUUUCCAUCUUCCUAAAUCAGGCACAUCGGGUAACGGUCUUCAAGUUUUCAAGAUUUUAUGCUUGUCUAUUGCUAUACCAGCAGUAUCAUGCGCAAUAGGAAUCGCCGUCUUUACGUGCUGUCUGGACAGUCGCCGUCGUGCCAGGGAAAAUUCCACACGGCGGAGCACCGAUCCUUCUGCAGUGUUGCCACAACCCGUGCCCGUUGUAACAGGGCUGGAUGAGUCCACGAUUGAAUCCUAUCAAAAGUUGGUGCUAGGUGAGAGUCGGAGAAUCCCUGGCCCGAAUGACAGCACUUGCCCCAUAUGCUUGUCUGAAUACCUUAGCAAAGACACAAUCAGGUGCAUACCAGAAUGCAAACACUGCUUCCACGCAGAAUGCAUCGAUGAGUGGCUACGAAUGAACACUACAUGCCCGGUGUGCCGAAACUCUCCAUCUGCGGAGGAUGCUAAUUCACACACCGACAUUGUUUGAUAUGUUACAAUUACAUUUUUUUAAUUCU